AUGAGUCAUACAGAGGUUAAAUUAAAAAUACCUUUUGGGAAUAAGUUACUAGAUGCUGUUUGUUUGGUACCUAACAAGAGCUUUACAUAUGGAAUAAUUCUUACCCACGGAGCUUCAGGAGAUAUGAAUCUUCCUCAUUUGAUGUCACUGGCAUCCCAUCUUGCAUCUCAUGGUUUUUUUUGCCUAAGGUUUACCUGUAAAGGCCUUAACAUUGUACAUAGAAUUAAGGCAUAUAAAUCAGUUUUGAGUUACCUCAAGACCUCAGAAUACAAACUUACAGGUGUUUUCCUUGGAGGUCGUUCAAUGGGCUCAAGAGCAGCUGCUUCUGUAAUGUGUCAUAUUGAGCCAGCUGAUGCUAAUGAUUUUGUCCGAGGUCUCGUUUGUAUUUCUUAUCCACUGCAUCAUCCGAAACAGCAGCAUAAACUUAGAGAUGAAGAUCUCUUUCGUAUAAAAGAUCCUGUACUAUUUGUGUCAGGCUCAGCAGAUGAAAUGUGUGAAAAGAACUUGUUGGAGAAAGUCGCACAGAAAAUGCAAGCUCCUAAUAAAAUCCACUGGAUUGAGAAGGCAAAUCAUUCCAUGGCAGUGAAAGGACGGUCAACGAAUGAUGUUUUCAAAGAAAUAAAUACACAAAUUUUGUUUUGGAUUCAGGAAAUCACUGAAAGGGAUAAGAAAUAA